AUGACGGCUGCGCUCAUGCUCACCGAUGUCCAGGUGCUCAACUCGCGGUUCAAAGUGCAACUUUUUCCUGAGAUGAAACUCCCCAGGAAACACGGUUGGAGUGUUGGGCUGGCCAGGCAGCAGGUGUUUGUUGUAUUCAAGAUUCACAACUCUAAAGCCAGCAGAACUCACCAUGCCCCGCUCUGCGGGCUAGAGUGGACAAUCAUCGCUGUCAUGUCCAACAGCAAAUCGGCUUCAGAUGUUGCUGAAGAGCGCAGGCCAACAAGGGAUAAACCAGAUCCGUGGCCGGCUCCUUCAAACGGAAAAAAGACGGCCCUCACUCUUCCUAAGUGGAUCACCAAGCUUAGUGAUAGCUAA